GCUGUGUAUAUGAACAGUGGACUCAUAAAUAUCAAGAUGGCRGACGAGUUCAAGCCUCGGCACUCAAGCACUGUKUUUGCAUGUGAUCAGUCAAAUGAUACAAGAUACAUCAGAUGUGACUUCCCGCAGUGCUCUGAACAUGGUCAAGCAAAGCCUUCGUGGAUAUUGAAUACUCUGAAAAAUGUUCKGAUAUUAGAGAACCAUGUGGGGAAAGAAAUCCACAACUUUAUGAAAAGYCAGCCUCUACAAUGUGUUUUCUCUGAGUCUGCCCACAAAACAAAGAGURAGGAAAUCAUUUGCUCCCAGAAAUUACCCACUGGAACUAAAAAGGUAUUAGCUAUAUUCAGUCUUAAGGAUUCGCAAUCCCAGCUUGGUGAYUGGCUUUCUCAUUUCCUAGAUGCUGCUUUCUCAUCUGAAUAUGGCAAUAAGAAGAAAGAUUUCGUUGUUGUCACCCAAGAUUUUGUAAGUCGACAUGAGCUGAUGAAGUCAAUAGCCAACAUUGAAUUUUUAAAGUUUUACUCACCUAAAGUUGAAGUGACGUGCAUAUUAAGCUGUCAUUCAAGUAGCCAAGGGCAAGUAUUCUCCUGYACACCAACAGACAUCAGUAAACUACAUGGCUUUGAAGAAUUCUGCUCUCUUCAUGACUUUACAUUAGCAUGCCAGGAUGCACUAGAAGACUUGUUAUCAGGGGUGCAUAUAUCAUCAUGUUUUACUCUCAAACUAGAUUGUUCACAUCAGGAUUGGCCUGUUGAUUCUUCCUGGUUCAAGAGUAAACUGAAAUGCCUCAUUACUGGAAGUAUAAGAGAAGUUUAUGAAACUGGUUCCCAAGUGUGUGACCUGUACUUAGUACUCAGUACAAUGUUAAGUUUAGCAGUACAAACAUCAAUGGGUUCAUGUGGAGAGAGKUUGCAAAAUGCCAUUUACACCGCUCAAACAKAUUCCUUCCCUGACCUGGCAAUGGAAAUGGGUCUUGAGGUUUUAGAUGGGAAUAUAGUGGAGUCAAGGCUUCUGCAGCAAGGAGUUGAAGACCAGGUUUCUCCUCCAAUGCUAGUUGAUUCAGAAGUGUUUGUUGCCUUGUUGGUGGAACAAAAAGCUGAAAAUGGCGACCAACGUUCGCCAUCAUUAGUUUUAUCACAAGCUAUUGCAGCAAAUCUUGACAUGAGACAAGCAUCAGAUAUACGCUGUUCUUACAUGGUACUCCCAGUAAACAUAGAUAAAAUAUCAUCCAUCAAAACAAAGGCUUCAUUGAGAGAAAAACUAAGYGAACUUCCAGUCAACAACAGUAAAGUUUUGUUUGUUGUAUUAAGCCCUUCUCUUGCUAACCCAAGCACAGGGCUGACUGAUUCUGUCAGGGCAUGGAGCUCUAGCAGGGGUGGAAACAAAAUAUAUGGCAUCCACUUCCAGGAGAUUUCAGCAUUGCAAGCUUACUACAUUAAAAAUAGACUGAAAGAAGAAGUAGCUUUAAGUAAACAUAACAAGAAUUCUGUUGAAGGAAUGUUCUUGGAGCAUAUAGCUAUUACAGGUCUGGUGGACAGUGUGAAAAACCCACACAUGGCUUAUCCUUUGCUUCUGUACUUGAUUCAUCUAGCMAUUGGUGAGAAUGGGCACAGACAGCCCAGAAAACGUCUUUCGACUGGAAUUUACUCCAAGAAACCAUUAGUGGCAGGAACCUCACAUUGGACCUUAGAGGAAGUCUAUAUGGAGUCAUGUCACGUGAUGUCUGGUUUGGCCAGGAAGUGUUCUUUACAAGUGCUUUCAUUACCAGAUACUACCGUUACUGUGGACACAAAGUCGCAGGACCAGGAUUGUGUUCCAGUGUGUAGUACCGUUGAUGAUAGGGUGGUAGUAUUACAAGCACGACCGUCAUCUAGUGUUGGUUURGACACCCCACAGGGUAUGGCUAACACUUCAAGUGAUGACAGUAGAACCGCUGUACAGUGCACUACAACAGAUGAGCAUGCGUCAUCUUUUUGUAGAUCAAGUCAAAGUAUUUCAGGCCGAAAACGUUCGUUUGAUAGUAGCGAUAGGGAAAUUCAUUUUCUGAAUAAUUCAAAGUCGCUUAAUGAACAGAAUGAAGAAACAAUUAAACCUUGCAAAACAACAGCAGUUAGGAAACCUGACAUCAAUAGUUUUUYUGUAAACAUGAACACAGCAAACAAGUCCUCGGGGGCAAUCAAGGUGCCACCUUUCAAAGUUUCAACCUCGGCGAACUCUAGUAGUUCAAAUAGUUSCUAUUCAARUUUUGCGUUAACUGAAGACUCUAUUGAACAUGAAAACAAAGCAGAUACUAUACGAACAGAUUCACAUAGUGAUGUUAUUGUAGUCGAUGAUGAUUCAGAUGACUGUAUCAGCUCCAACGACAGCAAUUCCAAAGGGAUWCAAGCAGAUUUCGCUCCUUUAAACCCRAGUCAAGUCUUCUAURAUAACUUGCGAAGGACUGGGACAGCGGUGAAACGUUUAAACGAGGAAGAACUUGAUACAUUUAUUUCGUUUGAAAGCGAGAAAAGAAWUAAGAAAGUGAAAAAACGAAAAAWAGAGCRCAUCCUYGAAAAUAACAAAACUGUAGAACACUUCCCUGAAGCGGACAWMRAGACAACGACACCUGAAAGCCCAACUCCAGUCAGUUCUUCGUCACGGGAGGAAUCGAGUGAAGAAAUCCCUUUACUCGCUAAUGUAGAUGAAGUAUUAGUCACUCACUAUGUGUUAGAUUUGUCUGUGGACUUUAAUCAACAGGUCAUGACGGGCAGUAUCGUUCUAUUUAUCGAGCCGGCAAACGAAGAAGCGACCAAAAAGUCGUUUCAUCUCUGCUUGGAUAGCACUUUGGUUAACAUAGAGUCGGUCAGUGAAGUGUUUUUACCAGAUGACUUCAAAGUGCCUUUCUUUGGACGAAUUUCCGAGUCUCAUGGACCGCGUUGUAGUGUGCAAGAAACAAAGAAUAGCAGUGGUUCUGUUACAACUGUCAUUGAGAUCCUUGAUGAUGAUGAUGAUGAUGAUGAUGAUGAUGAAAUCCAAUCUCCUGACCAAAGUGAUGCUAGUAGUAGUUUAAAGUCUCCUAACGGUGGAAAUAUCCAAAGUGAAAACCAAACUGGUCUGUCGCUUUUUCAGAGACUUCAGAAUAAUUAUGGUAUUGGUGUAGACUCAUCUCAAGCCCCUGUAAAUCAGCCCGACCGAAAUUCACCCAAUGAAACCGGUACUAUCCCAACCAAUGCAGACGGAAAGACAGAAUCAGCCUCUCUUGACAGUUGCAGUGGACCAACAUCUUUACCCGARUUUUUGGAUCUACUUAAUGGAAAAUCAAGUAGUCAACAGCCGCUGUCAUACAAGGGCUUAAAGUACUCGGUUUAUGGAUGGUGUGUUAAGGUCAAUAAGGAAGGAGCAACAGGAAAGGCGUGGCCUAGGUGUAUAUGUAUUAAGUACCAGACCUCUCCCGACGGACAGUCACUUACGUGGACUAAAGAUCAAGACGGACGGCCRUGUGUUUUCUCACCUGGGGCUUACAUAAACAAUCGUUCCUUGAUGCCUUGUCAAGAACCACCCGUUGCUAUGUCAACAUGGCAGGCAGCUAUUCACGUGCCGAAAGGGUGCAUGGUCUACAUGAGUGGCUGUYCUAUAUCGCCUUCUUCGAAGGAUGCGUCCACUGAGACAGUAACCCAUUACUAUGAGAUGGAUACAGCAUUGCCMUGUUCUACUUUAGCAUUGGCWGUAGGUUGGUUAGUCUAYCGUGAGGGUUCAUCAGCACUGGUAMYGACUACAAAGGGAUCCCAACGACACGUCCCUUGUCGUGUUAUAGCWGUUCCUAGUUUGAUUGAGCAGGCUAGUGCCCARUUGCUGGAACACUCGUCUAGGUACUUGGUGGAGGCCUGUAAGCUACUCGGYCCAUACCCCUUUGAUAGACUUGAUCUCCUCAUUCUCCCGAGAUGUUUCGCAUGYAUGGGUCUGAAAAGCCCAAACCUAGCCUUUCUAUCACAGUCCAUUCUCUCGAGUGAUGGCAGUCUUCGACUGCGUGUAGCACACGAGGUGACCCACGCAUGGUUUGGCCUAUUGAUUGGAGCCAAGGACUGGACAGAGGAAUGGUUGUCAGAGGGCUUUGCAACGUAUUUAGAGGAUACGGUCCAGUCCCGCGCAGAAAAUUGGCCCGAGGAAAAGGACCAGCACUAUCGCGAGAUACGCCAAGUGCUGAGAUAUCGAACUCUAUCAGCAGAGAUGCAAGUCACUGACAGAGAUAUGCAGUGUUUAAGACCAAAAAAGACCCAACAGAAUCUAAUUGAAAGAGCAGAGGAAACAACUGCACCUCCAGAAGAAGRCCAACCAGCGCCGUCUACAAUCAUCAAAUAUAAAUGCUCCAAGAAAUGGACCCAAGUUCACUACCUCAAAGGUUAUUUUCUCUUGAUCCACAUGGAAAACAUGGUUGGUAGGGAACACUUUGAAAGGUUUCUUCAUGACUAUGUCCAGUUUUAUCAAGGAAGUCUUGUUACUUCCGAGGAUUUCUUUGGAUAUUUCAUGCAAAGUUUUCCAAUGCUAGAGGGCGCCGUUCAAGAUGGCUUUAUGCAUGAGUGGCUAGAAAGCUCAGGAAUGCCCAAGUGCCUGAGAAGAAAGAAAUUUGCAAGUAACGAAAACGUUCUCGUCAACCAAGCUCUUUCAGAGUUUGAAUUUUGGAGACGACAAGACGCAACGAACAAGAGAACGAAAUCGACACACGCAAAGAAUAAAAAAGAAUUAGAGAAUCUAACGUUGGAGACUUCAGAGCAAAUCGUCCUGAUGUUAGAGAAACUAUUACAGCGAGACAAGAUACUGCAUUCAACAUUGCGUCAGUUGAACAAAGCGUAUCAGUUUGCUUCGCGUAAUGCCGAGAUUCGGCAUCGMUGGUGUGAGCUUAUCGUCAAGCACAAGUACACGAAGGAAUURCAAGACGUGAAGCAGUUUCUCAUCGAAGACCAGGGUAUGGGGAUCUACUUAUUUGGCGAACUGAUCAUUUCUGGUCAAGCCAAGCAAAGGGCUUUGGCCGAGGAGAUUUUCCAAGAGAUUGGACCCGAAAUGGACAGAUGUACAUUUAAAACCGUGACUGACAUGCUGCAAGGAGUGGAUUAGAACGAGGCUAGUUUCCAAAUAAGGUAGAAAGUCACAGGAAUCCCAAGCUAUGUAUAUGUUUGUAUGAAUAGCAUGUAAUGAAUCAGUGCUCUCGGUGUCUCGAUGGAGGAAUCAAACUUUAGCUAAGCGUACAUUUACACGUCCUAGUUUGGCCACAUUUGUCUAUCUUUUUGAUUUGAUACUUCCUUGGAGAUCUACUAUGCAAUACUUAUUACUCUUAACUGUCUGUUGUUUGAGUAAUUUCGAGAUUUUUUCUUCACUACCGUUUGAAUGAAAGUUUUAAAGAGGGUUMCCGUUGGAAAUUAGAAAAAGGUGUGGCCGUUUGAAUACGCUUUGUUUUGUUUAUAUGUUAUUUUUGCCGUUUAGUGUUUCUUGUUUUGGUUUGGUUUGGUUUCUGUUGGUAGAUGUGUAAUAUACUUUGUACUGAUGUAGUUUAAUACUAGUUGAUCUUUUUAAUAAUUAUCUGUAAAUUUUAAAAACCUAAAAACAGAUUAUUGAUUCAAAUUAACUCCAUUACCAUACUUUAAAAUAUCGAAUAUACAUACAUUAUAUAUUAAUAUACUACGUCAUUUUUAUGUAUUUUAUUGAAUAAAAAUGAAWGCACUAAAGUUGAUGUAAUCUGUAAACUAAUCUGUACAUGAGUUAAACAUAAAUGUAAUACAUAUGUAUUUGUACAUAUUGUGAAUUGUUCACAUCGUUCUUAUAAAAUCAUCCCAUUUAAAACCCGGACUCUCAAGGGUUGCUUAUAUAUGAAGAAAAGUCAGUGUAUGAGUUGUUUUAGAGAUGAGCGAGUGCCUUAAAACAUAUAAACCCCGGUUUUGAAUGACUGUCGGAAAACCCUGGUUUCAUAGGCGUCGACAUAACAUAACAGUUACACUAGAAUAGACCUAAAUGUCAAUGUUCUCAUGCAACAUUCCACCCAAUUUCGACCAAGAGUAAGCAAGGUUUAAUUGUCCGUUGUGUUGGUCAGUAGUAUUCUCGUAGAGUGGACAUCCUAGAGGUCAKGAUUUCUAGAGUUUGAAAUACUUAUCUUUUGUUUAUGGGGCUUAAUACUGCUUUUUUUCAGCGCUCGCACAUCUCUCUAUAAGUAUCUAAGUCAUAACUGUUUUCGUUUUCUAAGGACGACUACUGAUCCCAGUUCGCGCAGUUUUUUCGUUUAGGUGGUCAUCCACGAUCGAUUGUCCCGAGAAACUUAUCUAUUAGGAAAAAAAAACCUUAGUGUCCACCCCUAAGAUAAAUUUGUUUUGUAAAUCCAAGCAUGCCAUUGAGAUCUUUCUGUGAAAGGUUAUGAGGAAUUUCAUAUUUCUU